GAAAAAAAAAGACCUAGUAUUUUCUGGGGAAUCGCAUUCGGCGCUGGAGGCCUCUUUCCCUGAGCUAUGAACAGUAAUAGUGGGCCACCCAAAGGCUACAGCGUCCCCCGUCAUAAGGGCAAAGGCGAGCAACGGUGCCAAUACUGUAGCUCCACCGACCACUGGUCCUACGCCUGCGAUAAAAAGGAAAAAAGCAAACAGAAAGCUGCCGGAUCGUUCUCAAAGUUAAGCCACACGCAAAUGCUUAAAUAUGGGAUUAAGCGAAAACUAACCGAAUUUGUCCCGCAGCCCACCGAAAGGGAGGCUUACGAAGCAGAACUAAAAUCCUUGGAAAGAAUGAUAGGAGACGAGUUACGGCAAAAAAAAAAGGCUACUGAAGGGAAAAAUGUGGAUAAAUCUAAAAAGAUAAAGCCAGAUCCCACCGAAGCAAAGAAGGAAGAUCAAGAUCAAACGCCUUAA